CCUCUCCGUUUUCAGGGGAUCAAAUACAAGGGUUUUGGAUUUGGUCUGGAAAACACUAAAAAGAAGUUCCAUUUUUGAAGAACAAAAGCAAUGGCAAAUUCAAACCCUCGAAGCAAUUUGCGUUGCCCUCACUGCGCUGGCCCUCUUUCUAAAGAGAUUGAAACAAGUGAAUGGACUGUUUCUCCGCUCGUGAGGAAUAGUUUUGCCAUGAUUGGCUCUGCUGUUGGUGGCACUACAAGUGCGUUCUACGGGUUCAACCAUGUUAUGCCAAUAGUCAGGAAAUAUGUAAAGGGACCCAUGUGGGUGCAUUUCCUUGUUGGUGCACCACCUGUGAUAGUGUUAUCCUCCGCUUGUGCAGGAUUGGCAGAUCUGAUGAAAUCUUGCUUGAUCAAAUUAUGUUUGCUUGGACUAACGGUUGCCACAUUGCGACUCUCAUGGUGUCUCGAUGGGAAAAAUCCACGGGUGGUGCUGUUCCGGCACUUGCUCAACUUGCUUCUUCAUCGUACCAUGCUGGGUUCUCGUCUUCUCAGUUGCCUCCAUCUUCACAGGAUGAUAAGAUGCAUAAGUCUAGGACCAACUCUACUUUGUAAUUAUACGAUAUAUAUAUAGAGAUAUCGGAUUGAUUUAAGAAUUUAAUCUUUAGGUUGUUAAAAUAGUAAUA